AUGAAAAAUGUAUUGGUUGUUUGGUUAUUUAUUAUAACAAUUUCAUUAACAUUAAAUGGAAAAUCACAUCUUAAAUUUCCUUUUGCUUCAUCAAAUUUUGCAGAUAAAUUUAUUCCAGUAGAUCCAGAAGAAUUAGAAAUAGCUAAAGAACAAGCUAAAGAAAUGUUCUUUUUUGGCUACAAUAAUUAUUUAAAGUUUGAAUUUAAAAAAGAUAUUGAUUCUUUAAAUACAUUGGUUGUUGUUGGAAGUAAAGAUGCUUUUCAUAAAGCUGUUAAGCUUGUAAUUGAAACUGUUUCUUUUGAAAAAAAUGUUACUGUUCAAGUGUUUGAGGCAACUAUAAGAGUUAUUGGCUCACUCCUGUCUGCACACAUGAUCUUAACUAACGAAAAUCCUUUUCAUGGCGAUUUCACUUUUCCUGAAUAUGAUUCUGAAUUGCUUACAAUGGCACACGAUAUUGCUGGCAGACUUUUACCUGCUUUUAGUGGAACUGGCACAGGACUUCCUUAUCCCCGUGUUAAUUUAAUUCACGGUGUUUUGCCGGGUACUUCGAAUGAAACUUGUACAGCUGGUGCUGGCUCUUUAUUAUUAGAAUUUGGUGUUCUCUCGAGGUUAUUAAAUGAUCCAACAUUUGAAGAAAAAGCGAGGAAAGUUAAUGAAAUUUUGUGGGAAUUUAGAAAUAAAGAAACUGGACUUAUGGGUAUUUUAAAAAUAAUUUUGUGUUUAAAGUUCUUUUUAGGUAAUAUUAUUGAUAUUCAAACUGGGGAAUGGAAAAGUUUUAUGGCAGGAAUGGGAGCAGGAUUUGAUUCAUUUUUUGAAUAUUUAUUGAAGGCACAUAUUCUCUUUGGAGAAACACGUGAAUUGGAAAUGUUUAUUGGAAUUAGAAAAAGUAUAAGAGAACAAAUUAGGCGUGGACGGCCAAAAUGCAGAUUUGGAGAUGGAAAUCCACCAUUAUAUCCUAAUGUUGAUAUGCGUGAUGGAAGUAUUAUCAAUACUUGGUUGGACGCUCUACAAGCAAGUUUUGCUGGCGUUCAAGUAUUGGAUGGUGAUUUAGAUGAAGCAAUAUGUUCCCACGCGGUUUAUUAUGCAAUCUGGCAGAAAUAUGAAAUGAUUCCCGAACGCUUUAAUUGGCAUUCAAAAACACCCGAUGUUAGUUUUUAUCCGUUAAGACCGGAAUUUAUUGAAUCAACAUAUUUACUCUUUUUGGCAACAAAAAGUCCUUUUUAUCAACGUGUUGGAAUGCAAAUUGUUGACUCUUUAAAUCUACAUACUCAUGUGGUUUCGCAACAGUCCACAACGUUUUGGAUAAAUCACUUGAGGAUCGAAUGGAAUCAUUUUUCUUGUCAGAAACAUGCAAAUACCUCUAUCUGCAACCCUCUAAAUUGGCAUUACGAAAAAUUGUUAUUUUCAACAGAAGGGCAUACAUUCCCCAUCGUGCGGAGUUUAAGACGACACCCAGUUGGGCCAGUUUAUCAUGAUGAAACUGACACACUUUCAUGGUCAACAACAAAACCUCAAAAUUUUGGAAAUGGAACGAUUUAUCAAUCUUGCAACUCUUUACCCUUGCCGGAUGAUGAAGGUAACAUUUUCCUGACUAAACCACUUCCAAUUUCGCCUUUCCAUUUGGGCCAGUAUUUCAGGGUGAUUGAUACAUCACUAGAUGAUUAG